GGUUAUUGCUGGGGCUCUGUGCCUGAACUACCAAUCCACUGUCCUGGGGCGCCUGUGAACCGACUCCCCUGCAGACUCUCCCUAGGCAUCAUGGCAGCCAAGUGGACCGGUGGACAUUCUACUCCUGUCCUCUGCCUGCACGCGAGUCGAGAAGGCCUGGUAGCUUCAGGAGCAGAAGGUGGAGACCUCCGACUCUGGACAGAAGCUGGGACUCCGCUGGGACAUACACGUUUCCAAGGGACUGCUGACGUGACCAGCGUCUUGUUCUCUGCCUCCUGCCCCGCCAGACUCUACGCCUCACAUGGGGAAACCAUCAGCCUCCUGGAUGUCAGGUCUCUCAAAGGCCCCCUGGACCACUUCCACGUGAACGAAGAAGAAAUCAACUGUCUCUCGCUGAACGACACCGAAAGCCUCCUGGCUGCUGCCGACGACUCUGGAACCGUCAAGAUCCUAGACUUGGAGAACAAGAAAGUCAGCAGGUCCCUGAGGAGGCAUUCCAACAUCUGUUCCUCUGUAGCUUUCCGGCCGCAGAGACCUCAGAGCCUGGUGUCCUGUGGACUGGAUAUGCAGGUCAUGCUGUGGAACCUUCAGAAAGCCCGGCCCCUCUGGAUCACAAACUUACAGGAGGACGAAGCGGAAGGACCGGAGAGCCCACAGUCGCCCGGCCAGCUCUUGAACCCGCCUCUAGCCCACUCCGUGUCUGUGGCGUCCUGCGGCAACAUUUUCAGUUGCGGUGCAGAAGACGGAAAGGUUCGAGUCUUCAGGGUGACGGGACUCAAGUGUGAGCAGGAAUUGGGGUUCAGAGGCCACGCUCUGGGGGUCUCCCAGGUCUGCUUCCUGCCGGAAUCCUACUUGCUGCUCACAGGAGGGAAUGACGGGAGGGUCAUGUUGUGGGAUGUCGGCAGGGAGACGGGGAGAGGGCCAAGGAGCCCCGCAAAGCACGCCCGCAGGGAGAGAAGGCAGAGAGCGGCGCCCGCAGGGCAGCCUGGCGACGCCAGAGCCUCGGCCACAGCUGAGGCAGGUCCUGCUCCACUGUCAGCAAAGCUGAGCAUCGAACACGGAGAAAAAGUCAACUGGCUCCUAGGUACAAAAAUAAAGGGCCGCCAAAGCGCACUGGUAGCUGACCAGACCAGCUGCCUCUCUGUGUACGCCUUAGGUGAGCUGUGAACCCAAUAAACACAUCUGGAAAACCAUAGCAAA